CCGUACCGGUGCCACAAGCAUCACAAUUUCACACAUCGCUUGCCAGUAUACCGGAUCACUCCCCAUCCGCUGUAUAUAUAACUACUACUACUACUGACGACAUAGUCCAGCGCCACUGCCAUAACACAACAAUAAUAGCAACUUGCAUUGUGUGAUCGCUUGUUGAGCUAGCUGACCAUGUCACAAGUGCAUGCACCGCACGUCGUCAUGCUCACGAGCCCCGGCGUGGGUCACGUCGCCCCGGUGGCCGAGCUCGCCGGGCGACUCGCCGCACACCACGGCUUCACCUCCACGAUCGUCACCUACACCAACCUCUCGUCGCCCACAAACUCUUCCGCGCUGGCCUCCCUCCCGCCGGGCGUCGUCUCCACCACCGCGCUCCCGGAGGUGCCCAUCGACGACCUCCCCGCCGACGCGCACAUCGUGACCCGCAUCCUCGUCGUCGUCCAGCGCACGCUCCCGCACCUCCGCGCGCUGCUCCGCUCCCUUCUCGACGCUCCCGCCGGCAUCACGGUGUUCCUGACCGACAUGCUGUGCCCAGCAGCGCUCGCCGUCGCCCAAGACCUCGGCGUGCCGCGAUACGUCUUCUACACCUCGAGCCUCAUGUCGCUGUCGUCGCUGCUCGACACGCCGGAGCUCGCCAGGACAACCACCUGCGAGUUCCGCGACCUCCCAGAGCCCGUCGUCAUCCCGGGGUGCCUGCCGCUGCGCGGUGCCGACCUCGUCGAACCCCUCCAGGACCGUGCCAACCCCGUGUACGACCUCCUGGUCGACCUGUGCCUCGACUACCUCCGCGGCGACGGCUUCAUCGUCCACACCUUGGACGCCAUGGAGCACGAGACUCUGGCGGCGCUCAGAGAUCUUUCCGACAAGGGCGUGUACCCUCCGGCCUACGCCGUCGGCCCGUUCCUCCGCUCCUACUCCGACAAGUCCGCCGAGCACCACUGCAUGCGGUGGCUGGACGGGCAGCCGGACGGGUCGGUCUUGUACGUGUGUUUCGGCAGCGGCGGCACGCUGUCGAGCACGCAGACGGCGGAGCUGGCCGCCGGGCUGGAGGCGAGUGGGCAGAGGUUCCUGUGGGUGGUUCGGCUCCCCAGCGACAAGGACAGCUGCGGGAGCUACUUUGGCCCCGCCGCCGGCGACCCGCUGAGCUACCUGCCGGAGGGGUUCACGGAGAGGACAAGGGGCACCGGGCUUGUCGUGCCGCAGUGGGCACCGCAGGUGGAGAUCCUGGGCCACCGCGCCGUGGGAGGGUUCCUGUCGCACUGCGGCUGGAACUCGUCGCUAGAGACGGUGUCCUCCGGCGUGCCGGUGCUGGCAUGGCCGCUAUUCGCCGAGCAGAGGAUGAACGCCGUGAAGCUGGAGCACGUCGGCCUGGCGCUGCGAGUGAGCGCCCGGCGGGAGGACGGGGUGGUGCCGCGGGAGGAGGUGGCCGCGGUGACGAGGGAGCUGAUGGUGGGGGAGAAGGGCGCCAUGGCGCGGAAGAAGGCGCGCCAGCUGCAGGCGGAGGCUUUGAAGGCGGCGGUACCAGGCGGGCCAGCUUACCAGGCGCUCGCUGCCGUCGUCGACAUGUGGAAGUGUGCUCAUUCAAGUCCGGCCGUUGCAGCUGGUGGACUGUGAUCGCCGCCGUAUGUUAGUGCUUGGGCAUGUGUAUGACAUAAUAAUGCUUGCCAAUCGUAACAGUUUACAUCAUCGUGUUGACACCAUUUUUAGGCACGUGUCUAGGAUGUCAGGAUAGGGUGGCAGUACGAUGCGGGUUGCUGAUGAGGAUGGUUGCCGAUGAGGGAGAGGUUGAAUGUGACUAAGUCCACAGGCAAUAAUAUGGUGCCGAUGGCUGGAUAAAAAGGUCUGCCGAUGACUAUGGCAAGGGGAUUGCCGAUGAUGCGAAGGAGGAGUCCAGAAGCUGCAAGUUGUCAUGUGUAGGAGUUUCGAUUUGUCACGAAGGAUAGUUUUAUUAUUUCCUUAA